UUGGCUGAUUGUGGAUUCUGGAUCGCCGGGGGACGGGGGUAUAAAUACCAACCGGCGCUCGAUCAUCCACUACAGUCACUUGCCUUCUAAAGUCGAAAACAGCAUCACAGUGUCAAUUCUCAAAGCACGAAAGACUUUGAAAACCUUCAAAAUGUUCAAGCUGAUCGUCGCCGUAUUUGCUCUGGUAGCAAUCACCAGUGCUUUCCCAUCGGACCUAGAACAACCCGUCCAAGUGAAUAAGGAAGCCGCUCCUGUUCCUGUCCAAGCAGAUGGAGUACCACUACCUGGUCCAGUUGCUGUUGCUGCCGAUGGUAACAAGGAAAGUUUAGAAAACGCUGAAACCUUCGGCUAUGGAUACUACGGCUACUAUCCUCGCUACUACUAUGGCGGUUACUAUCCACGGUACUACGGAUACGGCGGAUAUGGAUACGGAUAUGGAUACCCUCGGUACUACUGGUAAAACAAAUUAGGCAGACUUAAAUAAAUACUUAAACUAAA